GCGAGCGCCGGGGGUUCCAGCUGCGCGUCCCAGGCUCUCCAGGGCGCGGCGGGCCGGGCCGGCCCUGGGCGGGGACAGCUGCGGGGAGAACGCCCGUGGCUGGGCCGGGAAGUGCGGGUCCGGCGCGGGACUAGCAGGCAGCAUGUUCUCGGCGGUCGGGAGCCUCCUGCGCCUUGGCCGCGGUGUAACCGUCCGCUGCGCCCUCGGGGCGCCUGUCGAGGCGACGCGGCGACCCGCACCGGUUCUUCCGCCCUGGGGUCUCCCCUGGUACUCCAGCGGCGCGGCCCCCAGCAAUUCUGCACCCAAAGGUCGCGGGGAGGUUCACGGAGUCCCUGCGAAGCACAGGCCUUCGCAAUUCGACAAGAAAAUCCUGGUGUGGACGGGGCGUUUCAAAUCGAUGGAGGAGAUCCCGCCUCGGGUCCCGCCAGAAAUGAUAGACACUGCCAGAAACAAAGCUCGAGUGAAAGUUUGUUACAUAAUGAUUGGACUCACAAUUAUCGCCUGCUUUGCUGUGAUAGCGUCAGCCAAAAGGGCUGUAGAACGACAUGAAUCCUUAGCAAGUUUGAACUUGGCAAAGAAGGCUAAGUUGCGUGAAGAAGCUGCAUUGGCUGCACAGGCUAAAGCAAAAUGAUAUUCUAAUCGACAAAGCAUUCACCCGAAUACCGUCCCCGUCAUCAGCAACAGUAGAAGAUGAGAAAAAUAGAAUAUUUACCAAAAUACCUGCCACGGUUUUAUUUUGCUAUAGGUGCAACAUCUUUUUUAUUUUUACUUUUUAGUAAACUUUUACUGAAGUAUACCAUACCUUCAAAAAGUGGGAAAGGGUGUAUACAGCCUGAUAGAUAUUUAUGUUGUAAACACCUGUGUAACCACUGCCAAAUGAAGAAGCAGAAUAACGGCAACACCUCAGAGCCUCAAUCCUGCCCUUUCUCAGCCAUUACCUCUCAAACAGCAAUUUUUGUGAGUUUCAUCACCUUUGAUUCGUUUUGCCUGUUUUUGAACUUUACAUAAACAGAUUCAUACAGUACGCACUUGUAUGUGUGGAUUCUUUACUUGACAUUACUUAUCAGGUUAAUCCACAAAUUGUGUGUAGCAUUAGUUCAUCCAUUUUAAUUGAGGUAUUCUGUUGUAUAAAUAUGCCACAAUUUAUUUUGAUAUCUGGCCCAGUUUUUGACUACUACAUAUAAUGCUAAAACAAGCACAUUGUGUAUGUCAUUAAAAUGAGGUUAAACUAAUCAUUAAGGGCGCAUUAAAAUCAAAACUAAUUUUCAAUCAAAAUUUCACUUUAUUUGGCAUCUGGGUAGUACCUUUGAUUGUUCUUUUCGGUUUGUAACUAGGUGAAAUAGGUUGAACUAUUAAUUCUAAAAUCUAUUCCUAAAAUGAUAAAGUACUAACAUGGUAAUUCUAAUAGCAAUUUUAAAACAACAAAAAUGUUAGAGAAACUAAUGGUAUAAAUUAAUGAUCUUCCAAUUUUUUUAAGCCCUAAAAUAACUUUUUAAAGUUAUAUAUCUCAUCUCCACACAUUUUUAACUUCUCAUUUAACUAUAAAUGUAUUUUAAAAGAUAUAACUUCUGACAUAUUGUAUAGUUCAUAUCUUUCAUCAUGACCUUGAAGUAUAUCUUUCAUCAUAAGUAUAUCUUUCAUCAUAACCUUGAAGCUAUAUAGUUAGCUCACGCAGUUUGUGGAGGAUGUCUGCCUGUCCAUCUUGAGGUACAAAGGUAGUCCUUAUUGUUGAACGAAUGAGCCAAAUCAAACUUAUGCAGUCAUACAUCGUCUAAUGAUGGGGCUAUGUUCUGAGAAAUGCAUUGUUAGGUUAUUUUAUCAUUGUACAAAGGUGACAGAGUGUACUUACACAAACUAGGCGGCAUAUAUAUUUUUAUGUAUUUUUCAUAUGGAAAACCAUGUCCCAGCACCAUUACUGAUUAUCAGUCAUUUCCCCUACUUGAUCUGCAGUGCCAAUACCAACCUAGUGCCACAUAUCAGACUUCUAUGCAUGCUCCCUAUAAUCUUGGGGACCACGGUUGUAUAUGCAGUUCAUUCAUCUUACACCAAAAUGUCAUUAUGUGCACAUGACUGUACUUUGUUAUAAAAAGACUUACCUUGAUUUGAAAAUGAAAAUAUUAAUACAUAUUCCUGUGACAAUAGUCUCACUGUUGAAUCCUAACUCUUCGAGAAGGCAUUGUUAAGAGUCUGCGUCCAGAUGAAACAAGGCACUGCUGCUUUAUUUUUUGUGUGUAAACUUAUACACAAUAGAUGUACAUAAGUUGAGGGUACAUGGGAUAAUUUAAUAUAUUCUUCUAAUGUGUAAAGAUAAAAUCAGCGUACUUGGGAUAUCUAUCACCUUAAAUAUUUGUCUUUAGGCUAGAACCAUUUGAAUGAUUCUCUUCUAGUUAUUUUGAAAUAUACAAUAGAUCAUUGGAAACUGUAGUCACCCUACUGAUCUAACACUAGAUCUUAUUUCUUCUACCAAACCAUAUGUGUUUGUACCUAUUAAUUGGCUUAUCUUCAUUUCCCUCUCCCCACCACUCUCUCUGACCUCUGGUAACUACCAGUCUACUCUCUGUCUUCAUGAGAUCCACAGCAGCACUGGCUGCUUUCACAUUUUGCACAGUGGCUCCCAUGUGUUUUCCUCUCAUGGAAUUCUUCUUCUGUAGCUAUUAAUUCUUAAAUUGUCUUUUGUCAUCCAGAAGGUUUUUGCAUCACAAAGCAAAGCAUGAGUAAGACUCAGAAUGGGUGUGAAGUGCUCUCUUUUUGCACAAUAGUACAAGGUUGGUUAUGAUGAGAGGCAAGAAAGGAGAACCAUCAGACCACAUUCUUGGGCAUAUACGUGGUAAGAGGGAGUAUAUAUGGAAUUAAAAUAUCUGGAAAUCAAUUCUCUCAAAAAUAUGCUACUCUUUAAAGUCUUUUUAUACCCUAAGGACUCCUGGAAUAUUCUAAAUAUUAUUGAUAUACUCAGAAAGAAUAUCUAUAAGAAUGAAUAUGACUUCUAUUUCUGGAUACAUGGAAGACUAGAUGUCCAAAGAAAGUCUUCCAGUGUUGGACUAAAUAAUCUGGACAAAAUAUUUUUUUAAAUUAUUUUAAAAUACUUGGCUAAACUGCUGGAAAAAGAAGGAAGAUCCUUGUCAUAGAUAGUCAUAGAUAACAAGAAAGUAAAAAUCUAGAUUAAUAAGCAUAUCUGAUGCUGCUGUUUGCCAUGGGUGUAUCCAGUUAUCCUAAGUGGUUAUAUGCUGGAGAGAAUAGUCAAAAACACGAGACGUGUAAAGGCUGAGAGAACAUCCAGAAAGAUUAUACUGUCCAUAUGGUUGAACUGGGGUUUGGUAGUGUUGGGGUGCACAUAACAGAGUUCUACCAGAUAAGUGGAACAACAGGAGAUAGAAUGUUCUACUUCUCUGGUAGAAUAUAUAUCAUAUUCAUGCUUAUAAAUAUUCUCUUUGAGUUGUUCAAUAAUAUUUAGAAAUUUCAGGAGUCUUCAAAAUAGAAAAAGGCUUUUAAGGAAUAGUAUACUUUUAAGAUAAUUGAAUGUGUGUGUGUAUACAUACAUGUACAUAUGUAUGUAUAUGUAAAAGAUAGAUGAUAGACAGACUAUAGGAGUUAGCUUAACUGAUUGUGGAGGCUGGCAAAUCAGAAAUCUGUAGGGCAGGCCAGCAGGCUGAGAAUUCUCUGGCAGAAGCCGAAGUUAUAGUCCAAAGGUAACAUUUCUUUUCUUCCUCGGGAAAACCUCAAUUUUAUUCUUAAGGCUUUUCAAUGGAUUGGAUGACACCUACCCACAUUAUCAAAGGUAUCUCCUUUAUUUAAAGUUAUCUGACUAUAGAUGCUUACUCAACUACAGAAUACUUUCACAGCAACAUUUAGAUUAGUGUUUAAUUGGAAGCUGGGUAUGAUAGCCUAGCCAAAUUUCCACAUAAAACCAACUAUUACAGUGCUCCGGAGAGAGAGAAGGAGAGAGCGAGAGAGUAGAAAUUUACUUAUCAUCUUGAGAUCUAAAUGAACAGUAAAAAAGAGAUAGAGAGAGAGAAAGAGAGAGAGAGAAUCCUAUCAUGUUAAGAUCUAAAAAAAGAAAAAAAAAA